UCUGUGAGCCGAGUGUGAGGCGUCCUCCCCCCCCUCCUCCCUGGACGGAAGCCCCGUGUUACGUAACGCGUUUCGCUGUCACACACCGGGGCCAUGGCGAACGAGGACGGAGGACAGGACCCGGAGGUGACUUACUACACCCUGGAGGAGGUGCAGAAGAGGAACUCCAGCAAGGAGCUGUGGCUGGUCAUCCAUGGCCGGGUCUAUGACAUCACCGGCUUCGCGGAGGAGCACCCGGGUGGAGAAGAGGUCCUGUUUGAGCAGGCGGGAGGAGACGCCACGGAGAGCUUUGAGGAUGUCGGCCAUUCUGUUGAUGCCAGAGAAAUGCUGAGGCAGUAUUACAUCGGAGACCUGCACCCGGAUGAUUGCAAAAACAACAGUAAAAAGGAUAUUUUGAUCACAACAUCUUCCAGUUCUUCCAGCUCUUGGUCCAAUUGGCUGAUCCCCGCGGUGGCUGUCCUGAUCCUGGGAUUCAUGUACCGUUUUUACACUGCCGACAGCCGUUCCUGAGUACCGGCCACGCCAGGCCGGCGUUCCUCACGCAGAAGGAAAUGAGCCGGAUCCGGACCAAGAAGAGCGCCACCUGUCGUCUGUACCUCUGCCACGGGUCCAAAAUGACAUUGUCCGGAAACCUCCUCAUUCUAAUGUGCUGACGAGACCUUUUAUUCCACGCUGUGAGCCUGCGUCUGUCUUUUUAUCCUCGUCUGAACCCUGGAUGUUUUUUUAUGGGACUCGGUAACGGAAUCUGGCUGUGGGAUUGUGUCACAGAGCAUGCCUGUAGUCCUCCUCCUCCUCCUAUCCAUGUCAGGAGCCUUCCCAUCUUCUGAUUGGUUCACCGUCUGCCUGUAUGAUUACUGUCCUUACAGUAACGCCUUCUUUGGUGUGGUGAAGCCAUGAGCGCGUGUCGUCUAUUGACCGUCUCCACCCGGGCGCAGCUUCCUGCUGCCCUCAGCUUGGGUUGGAUCCGUUUCUGAUCUUAGGGAAGAAUUUGAAUAUUAUUAGUGUUGGACAGCGCUAAAAAAAAUGAAUGAAUAAAAAUGAAAUAAAA